CGACAGUUUUUACCUUUUGCCAUCUAUUGGCAUUUCUCGAAAGCUGUAGAACGAGCACUGACAUGAACGCGCAAUGAGAAAUGCAUUCCAAACAGAACCGGAGAUCACCCGUGAACCCGGUUCAACUGAACCAUAGAUUAACGCAGGUAUGAGAAAUCGACCCUUAAAGUGGUUGAGAAUUUAUAAAACAAUGCCAUAUAAAAAGAGCACCGAACCCCCGAUGAUUAGACUGCCAACAAUACAUCAUGAGAGUGUUGCCAUCUGCUGAAUGUGUUUAAAAAUGGGUGUCAGCUUGACAUUGACACAAUUGUCAAAAUUGGAAAUGAUCACCAAAAAGAGAGAGUACAUUAAAAUAGUGAUUUGAAGAAAUUCUAACGAACUGUAAACUAAAAAGUGUUUGUUUUUUCGGUGGUUACAAACAUUACAUAAAGAAACGUUUUAUGGUAUCGGUAGUGCGUUACAUCAAUAUGUGAACAAAAUAAAUAUAACUACAAAUUUUGGUCGUUUGCAGAAAAGUGUAUCGCGGCAAGUGAUGUAUUUACAAUGCGAAUAUUCAUUUGAAAUCAACGAUGAUAUCUUGGAAAAGGUAUCCAAGAAAAAUGGCAAGAAAAUGUGUGUGUUGUGAUUUGCAAAUUUGGAAGCACAGCAAAUGGAGGACUAUUGAUAAACGAAGAUAAUAUUACUAAUAGAGAAAUAAAUAGAUAUACAUUCCUUUAGUGUGCCAUACGUACAUAAUAUUCAUAGUUACUAGUAAUAAUUAACCAAAGCGACAAGUAUUCUGAGGAUUUCUGAGCAUCAUGUCUGAGGAUUUUCGGCCACUUCUGGGCAAUCUGCGACAACCUUCGAUGAGAUCGUUCUACCAGAGGAUCAGGAUUUUGAAACCGUCUACGCUGAGAAAAUGUGUUUUCGCCGUUAUAUUAUUUUCUGUUCUCCUGAUCAUCAUUUACUUCAGACAAACACGUUCACCGUAUUUAACAAAAUUUAUUCAAAGAUCUACGAGACCGGAGCCAAACAUUCGAUGUGGUGUUAUGAACGGCCCCAGGAUUUUACAAAACCACGAUCACAAAUCAGAUGCAAGACUGCGUAGUUACCCUAAAGUUUUAGUUUUUGUAGAAACCAUGUAUUCCCAGUUAGGAAAAAGUAUUGCUGAGCUUCUUGUUCACACCCGGUUAAAGUACAAAAUCGAAGUCAGCGGUAAAAGUGUACCAGUGCUCACUAAUUUAGACAAAGGUCGAUACGGUGUGAUAGUAUUCGAGAAUUUCAACAAGUAUCUACAAAUGGACAACUGGAAUCGAGAGUUGCUGGAUAAGUAUUGUCGAGAAUAUUCCGUCGGCAUCAUCGGUUUUAUAACGCCCGAAGAAGAAACCUACGUUGGUACACAACUGAAGGGGUUUCCGUUAUUUAUUCAUACCAACCUUAAGUUAAAGGAUGCAGCUUUGAAUGCAGCUUCACAAAUAUUGAGAUUAACCAGAGCUGGAGAAACUGUUUGGGGGGAGUUACCAGGAAAUGACUGGACCGUAUUCCAGGCAAACCAUUCCACAUACGAGCCCUUAGAAUGGGCAACAAGGAGCGAUCAUUUUCAACUAAACGACAGUAACGAUUCAAAAAUUCCUCUUCCUACGGUUAUCCAAGACCACGGGCUCUACGACAACAUCCAAAGAGUGAUAUUCGGCUCUGGACUGAAGUUCUGGUUGCACCGAUUACUAUUUCUGGACAGCUUAAGUUACCUCAGUCACGGCCAGUUAAGUCUGUCGUUAGAUAGAAAAUUUCUUGUGGAUAUCGAUGACAUUUUCGUUGGAGAGAUCGGUACUCGAAUUAGACCAGACGAUGUGAUGGCGCUUGUGGAUACCCAGGAAAGACUAGCCAAUAUGGUUCAGGGGUUUAAAUUUAAUUUAGGAUUUUCCGGAAAAUACUUUCACCAUGGUAACAGCGAAGAAGAUAAAGGCGAUGAUCUUAUACUGGAAAAUGUAGAUAAGUUUAUGUGGUUUUCUCAUAUGUGGAAUCAUCAACAACCUCAUCUUUAUGACAAUCUCACACUACUAAUGGAGGAUAUGCUUUUGAAUAAAAAUUUUGCGAAAGAGAAAGGCAUACCAGUUGACUCGGGAUACUCAGUGUCACCUCACCAUUCUGGUGUAUACCCAGUGCAUGAGAUUUUAUACACGGCAUGGAAAAAAGUUUGGAACAUUCGAGUAACGUCUACGGAAGAGUAUCCCCAUUUAAGACCGGCACGAUUAAGAAGGGGUUUCAUCCAUAGAAACAUAAUGGUGCUACCGAGACAAACGUGCGGAUUGUUCACUCAUACCAUGUUCAUAGAUAGAUAUCCAGGAGGUAGGGAAAAAUUAGAUGAAUCUAUACAGGGUGGAGAAUUGUUCCAGACUAUUGUAUACAAUCCGAUAAAUAUUUUUAUGACUCAUAUGUCAAAUUAUGGAAAUGACAGAUUGGGAUUGUAUACUUUUGAGUCUGUCAUCAAAUUCAUACAAUGUUGGACCAAUAUUAAAUUAUCAUCGGCGCCGCCUUUACAGCUGGCCGAGAGUUAUUUUAAAUUGUAUCCUGGGGAAGCUGAUCCCGUCUGGGGGAAUCCUUGCGAUGAUCCAAGGCAUCAGAAGAUUUGGUCUCGAAACAAAUCGUGUGACUCCCUUCCCAAAUUCUUGGUAAUCGGCCCACAAAAGACUGGAACUACGGCGCUAUACACGUUUUUGUCAUUACAUCCGGCCAUAGCUAGUAAUUUACCUAGUCCUACAACUUUUGAAGAGAUUCAAUUUUUCAAUGCUCAUAAUUACCUUAGGGGCUUGGAUUGGUACAUGGAUUUCUUUCCUACGGACGCCAAUUCAUCGGCAAGGUACUACUUCGAAAAGAGUGCUACUUACUUUGACGGCGAAUUGGUACCGAGGAGGGUGCACGCUUUGCUACCACAUGCUAAAUUAAUAACCAUAUUGAUUUCUCCUGCCAAACGGGCGUACUCUUGGUACCAACAUACCAAAGCCCACGGUGAUAUUAUAGCGAAUAAUUACAGCUUUCAUCAAGUGAUAACAGCCAGUGAUACAGCUCCGAAACCGCUGAGGGAUCUAAGAAAUAGGUGCUUAAACCCAGGAAAAUAUUCCCAGCAUUUGGAACGGUGGUUGACUUAUUAUCCUUCUCAGUCUCUGCAUAUAAUCGACGGAGAAGAACUGAAAAACAGCCCAGUUGAAGUCAUGAAUGAACUUCAGAAAUUCUUAAAAAUAAUGCCCUUUUUUAAUUACACAGAGCAUUUGAGGUUUGAUCCAAAGAAAGGUUUUUACUGCCAGGUAGUAACGGGGGAUCACACGAAAUGUCUAGGGCGCAGUAAGGGUAGACAAUAUCCUCCUAUGGAGGAAAAGUCUCACAAGUACCUCCAACGGUACUAUCUCAGCCAUAAUACGGCGCUAGUGAAAUUAUUUAAGAAGAAUGGAAAUCGUAAUAUUCCGAACUGGCUCAAGGAAGAUUUAUCGGAUAAAUCUGAUAAUUAAUCAAUUAAUUUUUAGGUAAUUCUAAUUUCGAUUUUCUCGACGUGAGUUUAUUUAUGAAUUGUUUAUUUAUUGUUUAUAACAAGACAUCCAGUUACUUAUAUAAAAUAUAUGUUGAUAUUUUUCACACCAUCUAGAAUUUCUUAUGAAAUUUAAUGGAAAAUUUUAUUUAUUAUUGCCUGUGUUUACUAACAUUAGAAAACCUUAUUUCACUCUAAUCUUUCAUUGUCUGUACUGCUUCAAGGGUGUCAAAGCUUAGAAUAGCACAGUGGAAAAUGGAAAGAGUCAUAAUAGGAAUAAGACUUGCGAAUCGAGUGAGAAAUUUAGAAAUAAGGCAGAGAGCGGGUGUGCAAGAUAUCAUAGAAAGAACUACCAGAUAGAAAUGGAGGUUCGCCGGACAUAUAGCGAGAUUGGAGACUGACAGGUGGACAAAAAGACUGUUAGAAUGGAGACCUCGCAUUGACAAGAGAAGCAGAGACAGACCACCAACAUGGUGGACAGACAACAUAGAAAGAAUAGAUUUUAGAUGGAUGCAAUUAGCACAAGAUCGAACUUCCUGGAGACGUGCUGAGGAGGCUUUUGUCCUGCAGUGGACAACAGAAGAAGCUGGAUGAUGAUGAUGAUGAUGAUGAUGAUGAUGAUGAUGAUGAUGAUGAUGAUGAUGAUGAUGAUGACUGCCACAGUAUAGCUAAUAAUCACUACCCACUCUGAUUUGGCGGUAAAUAUCACGCAUGUUUACUGCGCAGACAGCGAUACCAUUUUCUCAGAGGGCAAAAUCUGCAUUGUACUGUAGUCAUACCGACUUAUUUAAUUUAAUAUGAAACAGAUUAACUGUAUUCAUUUUUUUCGUAGAGGUUUGACUUAUUAUUGUAGUUUUAUUUAAAAUUAAGUUGUAUAACUAUCGAUAUAUAUAUAAAAAGACUAAUAACACUUCUGCAGAUAGAAAUUGUAAUAACUCUGGAAAAAGUAGUGUCAGUUUUUUUUCUUUUCCGAAAAAUGUUAAUAUGUGUGUGUUAAUUGUCUAUUAACACUCACUGUCUUAAAAUUGUCUAUUACAGAUAUUAUAUUAAUUAUUAACGGUGGAAUUUCAUCGUUUAUUAAAAAAAUUUGGUUACUGGCAUGUGCAGAAGAUUUAUUAGAUAAAGCAGAACCUUUACAUAGAAGUCAUGGUCUUUGUGAUACUCAUUUCGAUAAUAAGAUGUUUCCGCUUGAUAUGAGAAAUCGAUUAAACCUUCUGUAGUUUCCACGAGUGCUUUUAUAUUUAGUGAGAUUUAACUAAAUUAUCUUAACUGAGUCAAAACUAUCUAUUUGAAUUUUGAAAUGAAACUUUUUAUUUUAAUCUACUUGACAACCAUACACCUUCAAAACUACCAUAUUUAUUAAAAACUGUUCCAAAACUCCAUUUGGGUUUUUUUAGUUAUGUAACAAAUACUUGUGACAGUUUAGAAAACAAAAUUUUAAAUAAAACGCAAUAAAACAAAUAAUUUUACCUUUUCAAAUUUCCUGAAGAAUAAAUUGGAUGUCGUUAAAAGAAUUUUCAAAAUAAAUCAUUUUCAAAAUCAGCUGUCGCGUCUUUAUGUGCAGUGCCAUAUCUGACUUACCCUCACACAAUAUGGCAUCAAAAUCACUGAAGUGUUACCUAAAGAGAUCAAAGGAAUAGAGUAAGAAUACUGAUUAUUAGGUAUACUGUGGUUCUGCUUAGAAAACAGAUGAACACUGAAUUGUAGAGGACAGAGGUAUCGAAAAUCUGUUCACUUUUUGGCGACUAGUCCUUUCGAAACCAAAUCUCAGACCCUCCUAUUUAAAAUACAUAAUUUGAAGACAUCGUUUCCACUUUUUCUACAGUUAUUUUUAGUGACAAUUUAUUUUCACUUAUAAUUUACGAAUAUGGAACACAAGGAAAGGAUAUUUAACAGUAUUUAUUAUUUUAACUGUAUCAACUUUAAAAAAAAAACUAAGUGAAAUAGAAACUAUCGAAAUCUAUUUAAGUAAUUUUCAGUCGAUUAAUAUUUUUGAUUAGUAAAAACUGCGCAGAAGUAUUAAAUUGAAAAACUGUAAAAUAGAUAACCCUGUGUUAGUUUCUAUUAAGAGCAUACCAACGAUAAAAACGUUUAAAUUAUAUUAUAAUGUGCAGCUACAGUGAUAAAAUAGUUUUACUCUAUAUUUAAAACUAUAUAUGUUUGACGGGCAGAUCCAGGAGUGCCAAAAUUUACUUACGAAUAUGUGAUAUCAAGUACUAUUUGGAUUUAGACUUCUUCUGAAUUUAAUUUUUACUUAGUUUUAUUUAAUUGUGAAACUGGAUUUUUUGUUAUAAUUUUAACUCGUGUGUAUAUAUUUUAAUAAUUUCCGAUUUAGUACAUUGACGAACAAAAUAUAUCGCCUUUAUACAUAUUUCCAUAUAUUUCUGUUCUGUGCCUCGCGCAAGAACUUUGCUAUCAUACUUCAAUUGCUAUCCAAUUGGUCGCAAUUAUUUUGGUGACGUCAGUCUAUCAGAUUAUUGGAUUAGGGGCCGAUCCUCCUGUUGUAUUAAAUUUUCUAGAAUUCAGUUCUAUCUGGCGACUAGCACAAAUUAUUCCUCUUCUAAAUGCAUGAGCCUAAAAGGUCUGCUUGUUUCUUUGCAAAGAGAAAGUUGCGUAAAAUGCGUAAUACUUUGUUCGUUGAUAUACGGAAUCCAAUGUUUUAUUGUAUAUUUUGUUAUAAAAGAAUGAUUUUACCAACCAGUUUGUAUACUAGGGCUCCCCUUUUAGUACAUCGCACUUUGCGACAAAAGUGACAAAUCAAUAAUCGUAUGCUGUCGAUAAACAUUUUAAGCUCUACGCUCUACAUGUUAAGUGAAUUUUUUUAACAAUUAGCUAAAUAUUUGUGAUAUUUUCCCGCAAAACUAAAGUUUUUGUGCAUUUUUAGAAAAGGUAAGUAUUAAUAAUUUUCAAAAAAUCCACUUUUCAAGCUAUUUUUCAAUAACUAAGCAACCAAUUAACUUUAAUAAUUUUACAAACUCUCAUUUCAGAGGAUUCUCUAUACUUUUCAGUAAAAUUGUCUCGCUCAUUAAAAUGGUUUCACUUUUCCUUAAUAUUGUUCUGAAGUUAAAUAAAUAUACAGGAACUAGAAACGUCAAAUAAACUUAAUUCCAAAGUAAAAAUGUGCAUUAUUUCUAAAUAAAAUAGACUUACCAGUCUUCACUUUAAGUAUUUAAAAUCAAUUACAUUGUUUAUAAGUAAAAAUUACGUUAAAUCAUCCAGGAGCAUCUGUAUGGCGUUUACUUAUAACGCUGGCUUUUAUUUUCAUUCCUAUUGAUUCGAAUUACAUUAGUUUAUUCGAGUCCCUUAUUUUCAAUCCUAUCUACAGUUGCGCCAUUUUUCAUCUUAAAGUUUUUCUUUGAGAUUUUCAGCAAUACCGUUAAUGACAGUUAAGCUGGAUACAGAUUAAAAAUAUUAAUAGUUCAACAACGGUGUAAGGUACAGUCAAAACAUUAAAUGAUACAGAAAAUUAGUCAAACAAUUACAUAAAUACCCUUACGUCGUUGUUGCACAAAAAUUCCAGUCCAAGCUGACCUCACUAAAAUUAUUGCGUAACACAACUGACGCUUGUGGCAUUGUUCUUCUGAAACAAGUUUUAAAAUGGCGCAUAUUUCAAUUUCAACAACAACGACACAACUACCCUCUAGUGGCUCAGCACAUAGUUACUGUUGUGACGUUGUUGUAUUAUUUGGCCACGGUAUUUUAGUCGUUAAUGACGGUAUAAACAGCAAUUAAAAAAUGUUCAGUUACAUCAUUGUUCUUCCGGGACUGCGAAUAUAAUAUUAAAAAUUCUCUGUGUUUUGUAUGCUGUCACUUUUGUCGCAAAUAUGUACAUUAUAUUUAAAUCAAAAUUUUAUAUACGUUCGCUGGAUGGAUUUUAUAUGUAUAAAUUUAUUUAAAUCUACAAAUUGUUCGUAUAUUUAAUACUUUUUUACGAUUAUGAUUUUUAAUUUUUUAUUGUAUAGUACAAGUUAUCAUGUUAUUUAAGUGAUUUUGUAUAUUUCUUGUAAAUUUACUAGAUUUUAUUUUUGUACUUACAUAUUUUAACCAAAAACAACUACGUGUAGUAAUAAUUUUAAUUGAGUUGGGUGCUAAUAUAGUAUGCGGUCUACCCCGAGGAUGCGGCCUUCCUGUGCUUCUGUUAUAGUGUGCAGAAUCAGCCAAUUCUGUCUUAUUCCCAACUAAAAUAGUAAAUUGAUAUGACAAAGUAUUAAUUUGUAAAAUUAAAAUAAUAAUUCUUCUGUUCAUGCGUUUCACUCACUUUGUAAAGAUUUUCAUUAUUGUGUGGAAACCCUUGUGAGAUAUGAUUAUAGUGUUGUUUAGCCGCAGAGAUAUAGAGUGCCGGCACAGUAAUAUAAUACAGGUUACACACCGCAUCCCUCGGUAGACCGCAAGUUAUGCGGGAAACCCGACAGUAGACCGCAUACUAUAGUGGCACCUUGAGUUAUUACCCGAAUCACCUGUAUAAGCUUUAAUUAAAAAUCGAUAUUUAUCGUCGUUUAGGAAGAAAAGUAUUAAGUUGAGUGAUUUGCCUAAUAGUAUAAAUCCAUGGAUUAAGUUGUUUUAAUAAUUGAUUUAACACUUUUUGGGAGUUUGAAAACAUUUUUAUCAAGGCAAUGUGAUUAUAAUAUUAAAUAUACAAUUACUCCGUUGGUUCUUUGCAGACACGAUAUCUAUCAACUCAUACGAAGUAAGCAAGAGUAUGGGAAAUACAUAAUACCUAACCAAUCUGAUUAUUUGAGUCAUAGAAAGAUACGGUGCUGUCAGAAGUAUUUUCAUUUUAACGAACGCAGCUCGUGCUUGUCCAGUCCGUGAACGAAUUUCCUCUGAAUGUUGGUUAGUCUCAUUGGCAAUAGUUUCAAGAUAUUUGUACCUCUCACUGACCUGUCAAUUAAAAAAUAAUUGUCCACAAUGAUUGUCAUUAUUUAUUUAUUUUUUUUACCGGACCAUCAUUUUGUAUUCCUGAUAUUGAUAAGUAUACUAUGAUUCAAAUUAACCGUAGAGCUGAUAAUGACAAAAAUUCAUUUUCACUACCUAUUCUAAUCGCUGACUUAUCUUCCAGUGCUUCACGGAAAAUAUAUUCCGAAUACAAAUAUAAUAGCAUUGGCGAAAGAAUAAAUCCUUGUCAUACACUUCUGAAUACUUAUUUCCUCUUACUUAUUUGUGAAUACUUAUUUCCUGCUUCGAGUUCUAUUAAUGUUUAGUUUUUGUAAGAUUUCCAUUAGCUUAUCAUCCUUAAUAGUGUCAAAGGCCUUAGUACAGUCAAUAAAAUAGACAUACAUAUCUUGGUUGACAUCUGUACAUAAAAAAAGUACAUAAAAGGCAAACAGGGCGUCACUGGUUCCUUAAUUAUUACGGAAUCCUAACUGUGUAUGUGGUGUUAUACUUUACAUUUGUUAUAAAUUCUUAUAAGUUUUGCUUCUAAGUUAAUGAUUAUUGUACAGUUUUCAUUUCUGUUUGUUUCUUAUUUGAAUUCAACCGACAAUUUCCUUAAUUUCCUGGUGAAAGUUAUAACUGACGUAUUUACUAUAUAAACUUACGUGCAUAGAAAUCGGCUUACUUAAAAAUUUGGUCAUUUUUGAUGUCUCCUAUUUCCUAAACCUGUUGCCGAUUUAAGUGAUUUUUUGAACACGUUAUAGCCUGAUUCUUUAACAAUACUACUGUAAUAAUAUUGUUGCUAAACAGGUAAAUUUUCAUUGUAUACCGGGUGUACCAAUAAAACCGUGUUUUUUUCUCAAAGUUCGCAUCACCCUCUGGAAUAUUCUAGCAUUUAUAAAAUACUGAAAUUAAAACCCAACUAUAGCCUCAGGUUUUCUUAACAUUCUGUUUUUUGAUUCAUGCGUUUAUGUUGGAGAAUAAAAAAGUUAGGUACUUUAACAACUACACAUUUUCUUCAUCAAUACACGGUGUUUCUAAAUAAGUGCGACAAACUUUAAGGGAUAAUUCUGGAUGAAAAAAUAAUGACAAAUGGCUUUAUAAACCUAUGUCCGCAAAUGUUUUGUAUCCGAGAUACAGGAUGUUGAAUUUGUUCUUACAAACUGACGAUUUAUUUUAGAGCUUUAAAACCGGUUGAGAUAUGCCAAUGUAAUUUGGUGGGUUUUAAGACGUAGUUAUUGCACUUUUUUAACAUACAAUUAAGAAUUUAAUAUUCACUAUUAGCGCCAUAAUAUGACCGAUCAUAUUACCCGUAUGCACGCUAAUGGUGAAUAUAAAAUUCUUAAUUUUAUAUAAAAAAAUCCGCAAUAACUAUCUCUUAAAACCUACCAAAUUUCAUUUGCAUAUCUCAACUAGUUUUAAAGCAAUAAAUAAAUCGUCAGUUUGUAAAAAAAAAUUCAACAUCCUGUAUCUUGGAAACGAAACCUUUGCGGACAUACGUUUAUAAAGCCAACUGUCAUUAUUUUUUCAUGCAGAAUUACCCCUUAAGGUUUGUCGCACUUAUUUAAAAACACCGUGUAUUGAUGAAGAACAAGUCUAGUUGUUAAAGUACCUAACUUUUUUAUUACCCAACAUAAACGAAUGAAUAAAAAAACAUAAUGUUAAGAAAACCUGAGGCUAUAGUUGGCUUUUAAUUUCAGUAUUUUAUAAAUGCUAGAAUAUUCCACAGGGUGAUGCGAACUUUUAGAAAAAAAAACACAGUUUGAUUGGUACACCCGGUAUACAAUGAAAAUUUACCUGUUUAGCAACAAUAUUAUUCCAGAGGUAUUUUUAAAGAAUCAGGCUAUAACAUGUUCAAAAAAUGACUUAAAUCGGCCAACAGGUUUAGGAAAUAUGAGACAUCAAACUUGACGAGGCUUUUCAUUCCGGAUGGAAUGUUUGCCUCUCUUACUUAGAGCUCUCUGAUUCGCUUAUUGCGGUGAAUCACUCCGCAUUCCACUUGUGUGUUAUCAAAGUUUGUUGUACAUGGUACUAAAUAAAAUUUCCAUUGGUCAGUUCGUGAAUCAUCAGUGUCCUUCGUCAUCUUUGUUUGAUGCAUUCUCUUGUACAAAGACAAACUUAAUUUCUUGGACUUACGUUCAGUUAAGUAGAACGUAAACGUAAUAGAAAAAAUAAUUCGUGAAUCAUGUCUUGCGUGUGCAUGGAACCAGCAGAAAAAUUGUACUUUUAUUUUUAAUUUCAGAUUACGUUAUUGUUAAUGAUGAUACUCAAUACAAAUAAUCUUAUUUACCAUGGUAAGUUACAUAACGACACUCUUCUUCCUGUAAAUAUAAUCGUAACAUUUGUGUUAAGACAUUGUGAAAGACAUAGUUUGCAAGAGCGAAGAAAUAUUUAAACAUGUACCUGUUACAUACUGCUUUUUAAAAUAGAGUGGUACCUUUUCACAAUUUGAUAGGAUCAGUUAUCAAUAUGAAGAGACUGAUAUAACCUAUUCUAACCUGAAUUAUCUCAAAAUUGUUUGCCUUAAAAUGAAAAUUUUACUUGUUUUAGUGAAUCUAGGAAAUAUAUUUCCUUUAUUUUAGAGUAUUACUGUGUAAGAUAUUAACAAAUGUUAUAUUUUGAAGAUUAUAAUUUUCUGGUUAAAUUCCAAUUUUUUGCUUAUUAUCAGGUUUAAAAUUUGGUUUACCUUGAUAUUACUUCCGAGAUACACGAGUUUCCCCACUCUGCCCGGUACCACAUCUUUGACUUCUAUACAGUCAUCCUGUUUGUAAUUUUGUUUGCUAUUGGGACCGUGCAAGUUCGGAAAAGCAACACCUGGUUUCAUAGCUCAGCAACAUUUUUAGCACUUUUAAUUAUAUUGGCCAAUUAUAUUAGUCCUGGUUGCUGAACAGUUGUCAAGGCCAUAGCCCAAAAAGAAUAUAAGAAGAAAAAGUAAUAUUAAGGUUAUGUUAUUAAAAGGUAAACCAUUGUAUGUAGUAAAUAAAAUUAAUUAUUAAAGUGCACUACUACAAGCAAAAUACAAUUAAUUAAAUUUUCUUUUAUAUAAUAAUUGCAUAUCAUAUCAAUAUUGUGGAGGAACAUAUAAUUUUUCUUCUUCGUUGACAGUAAAUAUGAAAUAUACGUCAAUUUGACUUAAGAAAGUUGCAAGAUUUCUCCGCUAUUCGCGCACGAUCAUUUCUCGUAUCCCCUCCAAGUACUUGCACACGGCGAAUAUUAUAUUUAGUUUUCUUAACGUUGAGUUUUAGUCCAUAUUGAUCACAAGUCUGGUUUAUUUUGUUCAUUAGCUUUUAAAUGCCUUCACUGCAUGUUGCCUCCAUUAAGACUUUUUAAUUUCCUUAUAAUUAAAUUCAAAUACUUUUUAAAUUUAAUUUAAAUACCAUGCCUCAAUACCAUUUUAGAUAAAUUUAGUUAAACUUACUUAACUAGUUAAAAUAUUUCUUCGUUCCUUGUGUUCUAUACAAAUAAUUUAAAUGUAGUCUUUUUAUUCUCAUUUGUAGAUUAUUUUUUACCAACCUAUUCUUUUCAAUUAUCCGAUUACGAGUGGGUUAGGAAUGAUCAUACAUUUGAAAAAUUUAUAUUUCGGAAAAUUGGUUGUAACAAAUGAGAACGGUCUAUGGCAAAUAAUUUGUAAAUGACAUAUCAAUGAGUAGUGGCAAUAUACUUUUUGUAAAAGUACGUAUUAUAGUGUAAAAACUAUUUUGAAUAUUUUCGAAAACAUAUUUUGAAUACCUAGAAAUCGACUAAAAAAAGAUAAAUUAACCAACAUGACUAAAAUAUAGAUUGAAAUUACGGUUGAGAGACAGGAAAGUCGACAGUAGUUCAAACCAAAUAAAAGUAAGUAAUUCUUCCAAUAACUUUUGUAAUGAUAUAUGAAACUAAUCUUUAGCUUGGCUUUGAUGCAAUUAUAGAACAACAAUCAUUUUUUGGAGAAUUAAAAUCACUCUCCUAUACCAUUUACGCUUGAACUGCUUUUUUUAUUCAUUUGUAUUAUUUUUAAUAUUCAUGUUAGAUAUUCAAAAUCAAUUAGAAAUCGUUAGAUAUUAAGAACAAUAAUUUGUUGAUCAGAUAUGUAGAACCGCCAAAUUGUUGUUAUUGUACUGUCAAAAAAAAUUGUACUUUGCCUAUGAUGAUUGUAGGCAACAGCCAGCUAUGGCCGGAAAGAUAUGAGGGUGGAUGUUUUUAUGCUCUGUUGAAGCGUUUUAAAUGUCUGCUCAGAUGGGAUCAGCGAUAAAAUUAACUACAUAGAUACUGGGGGUCGAAAUGGGCUAAAGAAGAAGUAACAGACACUCAAACCUUCUUUUGCGAACGGCGGCUCAGUGGUUGUUCGGUGGCAGGUCGUGAAAUCGUUUUGAGGAAUGGGAGGGAUUUAGAAGAAACUAACUACCAUAACCAAAUAAACAAAGGAUACUUACACUCACUAGAGGACCUUUCUACUAUUUGAACAAAAUUGGACGCCGUUUGAAAAAAUCCUCUGAUUCAUUUCUGAGUACUUACUGGACAUAUAUCUGUACUUACGGAUACCAAAUAGGGUGACAUUCAUGUGAGAUUCCUCUUUUGGGUCUAAUUGGGCAACUUUUAACUUCAUCCUUGGCUUCUAUGCCAUUUUCUCUUUUCUCCUUUACUAAAACACAAUUUCAGUUGUAUUAGAAAUCUGGUUAAUAAUUUUCCAAAGGGUUACAGAAAUAAAAAUAGGUACAUUGUUAAAAUGUUUAUUCAAACCUCAAAACUUUAUUUUUAUUAUGUAUUUAGAAAAAACAUAUUCUCAUAGAAAUACAGACUUUACUACAGGAAUGACAAAUAAAAAAAAACUAUAACCUUUAUAUGACUUUACCAAUUAAACUAUAUUGACCAGUGUAUUUCAAAACAAAAUUGACCUACAUAUUUCAAAGUCAUGUAGCUGUCAAAUGUCAUUCCAAAUUAUUUAGCUUACAUAUUAUUAGGGCUUUAUUUUUUAACAAAAAUGCUUAGAUAGCUAGAAUAACAAAACAGGACAAAGGAUAUUCAGAUAUUAAACGUUUUACAAUAUUUCUCUUAUUCAAAAUUUUUACCACAUUGAAAGCAAACUCUAUAAAAAUAUUUAAAAAAAAAUUACCAACUGGUAUUUUUAAUAUUUACUUGGAAUUUAAUCACUUUUAGAAACAAAAAUGUACAGUACCUCCUUUAAAAAAAAAACAUCUCCUUGUCACACUUCACAACCAAAACUUCCAUUCAACAGGUGGGCGGGGCUUCUUAUGACGAAAACAGGCUCAGACAAUGGGAGCAGGACAAAAGCGGGAACGAAACCAGACAUCUCAUCGGGAACUUCAAAUAUUAUUAAAACUGGACCAUAUUUGACUACACAGGGCUUCAAAAAGAACAGAAACUUCCACCACAUACCGGCUACAACUGCGUCACACAAUUCAUUUGUACUGCGUAUCUGUUUUUCACCUUAAAAAUCCAAAAUUAUGGAGUGAAAUUUUUCACGGGUAUUCUUCGAUUCAAUUGUAGACCUUGACUUCACAUAGCGAUAAUAACCAAUUUAUGCCGGUAAGUGUGGUUUCUGAGUUCGACGGGAACCACGCUGUGAACGGCUCAAAUAUCCAUUUCGAACUAAACACUCCUCCUCUCCCGGAUAUCGGGUCAGGCCACAGAUUAAUAAAAAUCGCGCAAUUAAUGUGCGACUUUCGCCUUUACUUUAAAGGUGUUUACUUCGACGAAAAAUACCUGCGGCGCAUCGUCGACACCUGCAAAGAACUUUCUAGGCAACCAAUUUUAAAAUUAUACGACGUAUUAGGGGAAUGCUUCAACAGGGAGGGCUUUAAAAUAUUUUAAUGAAUGGUAUCGCCAACACAAAAUACAAGGAAUAAUUAUUUAUUAGGCGGGUUUAAAACAAAACAUUGUAGCGGAUUUCCGAAAUGCUACACUGUGAUGCAUCAUACAUUUUCUGUAUUUGGGCAAUAAUUCUGUGUGUUAUGUGAUUGUGUGUUUGUAAGUGUUCAUAAUAUGAGUUUUUGGGGAAGUUAGUUUUUUAUAGUGGCAACACGGUAGUCAAAUUCACAUAAUUCCAGAAUGGAUUCAUAGUCGCGUUGAUCCUGGAGCAACGAACAUGAAAUAUGCAUCAAAGACAGGGAUCGACAAAUCAUAGAUUUGUCGACAGGGAAACGUGAAGCCCAUAUCUCCAUCAUACACUACUCAAUGCAAGACACAAUAUAUAAAACUAAUUUACCCCAAAGCUCAUAAUACGAACACUUACAAACACAGAAUCACAUAACACACAUCAUAAUAAUUAUAAUUACACAAAUACACAAAAGGAUCAGAAUUUGAUGCAUCACAGAGCAUAAAAACAUCCACCCUCAUACCUCUCCAGCCAUGGCUGGCUGUUUACUACAACCAUCAUAGGCAAAGUACAAUUUUUUCAAUAACUCUUGAAUGUUCUGGAGACUAUCGCAUAAAAUAACAGUGUCAUCAACGAAUCUGAGAUUAUUGAUCAGUCCACCAUUGAUUUUCAUUCCAGUCUUUAUUUUGCAAAUCCUAUUUCAAAAUUAUGUCUGAGUAGAUAUUAAAUAAGAGCGGGGACAGAAUGCAUCCCUGUGUGACGCCUCUUUUAAUGUACAUUCAUCAACUAAUCUCACGUCGACUCAUACGACUGCUUUCUGCUUCCAGUAGAAGUUUUCAAAUGUUUAUAAUAAACUUACGUGCAUAGAAAUCGACCCACUUAAAAAAUUGGUCAUUUUUUAUCUCCCAUAUUUUCUAAACCUGUUGGCCGAUUUAAGUGAUUUUUUGAACAUUUUAUAGCCUGAUUCUUGAACAAUACCACUGUAAUAAUAUUACCACUGCUAAACAGGUAAAUUUUCACUGUAUACCGGGUGUACCACUCAAGCUGUGUUUUUUCUCAAAGUUCGCAUCACCCUGUGGAAUAUUCUAGCAUUUAUAAAAUACUGAAAUUAAAACCCAACUAUAGCCUCAGGUUUUCUUAACAUUCUGUUUUUCGAUUCAUUCGUUUAUGUUGGACAAUAAAAAAGUUAGGUACUUUAACAACUAGACAUGUUCUUCAUCGAUACACGAUGUUUCUAAAUAAGUGCGACAAACUUUAAGGGGUAAUUCUGUGUGAAAAAUAAUGACAGUUAAUGUUUCGUGUCCGAGAUACGGGAUGUUGAAUUUUUUCUUACAGAACUGACGAUUUAUUUAUUGCUUUAAAACCAUUUGAGAUAUGCAAAUGAAAUUUGGUAGGUUCUAAGAGGUAGUCAUUGCGAGUUUUUUGACAUAAAAUUAAGAAUUUUAUAUUCACCAUUUAGCGUAAAUACGGGUAAUAUGAUCGGUCAUAUUACACGUGUGCGCGCUAAUGAUGAAUAUUAAAUUCUUAGUUGUAUGUAAAAAAUGUGCAAUAACUACGUCUUAAAACCCACCAAAUUUCAUUGGCAUAUCUCAACUGGUUUUAAAGCAAUAAUUAAAUCGUCAGUUUGUAAGAAAAAAUUCAACAUCCCGUAUCUCGGAAACGAAACAUUUGCGGACAUACGUUUAUAAAGCCAACUGUCAUUUUUUCAUGCAGAAUUAUUCCUUAUAGAAGUUUGUCGCACUUAUUUAGAAACACUGUGUAUUGAUGAAGAACAUAUGUGUAGUUGUUAAAGUACCUAACUUUUUUAUUAUCCAACAUAAACGAUUGAAUCGAAAAACAGAAUGUUAAGAAAACCUGAGGCUAUAGUUGGGUUUUAAUUUCAGUAUUUUAUAGACCCUAGAAUAUUCCACAGGGUGAUGCGAACUUUGAGAAAAAAAAACAUAGUUUGAUUGGUACACCCGGUAUACAAUGAAAAUUUACCUGUUUUGCAACAAUGCUAUUACAGUGGUAUUGUUAAAGAAUCGGGCCAUAAAAUGUUCAAAAAAGCAUUUAAACCGGUCAACAGGUUUAGGAAAUAUGAGACAUCAAAAAUGACCACAUUUUUAAGUUUGCAGAUUUCUAUGCACGUAAAUUUAUUAUAAACCGUAUAAGGUCUUGUGGUUAUUGAAAAAUACAACAUCAAGAAAAAAGUGUUGAUGUGAUGCUUCCCGCUGUGAUUGUCCGUAUUUGAAAACGUUCGUGUUAUAUUUCUUCUUCUUCCUUUUACGAUGCCUACCCGUUCCGGAUGUUGGCGAUCGGUAUGGCUAUCCUAACUUAGCUUGCUGCUAUUUGUAAUAGUCCGGUUGUCGAUGUAUUUAUCCACUUUAUCAGGUUUUGAAGCCAAAAUAUUUUUCUUCUCCCUGGUCCUCUUUUUCCAAAUACCUUGCCCUGAAGAAUGAGUUGCAACAAGCGAUAUCUCUGUUCAUUCGUCAUAACAUGGCCUACGCCUUGCUGAAGUUCUCCCAGCGCUUGCUCGAAGAUAUGCUCAGAGUAUAUAUUAAAUAUCACCGGGGAUAGAAUGCAUCCUUGCCUCACUUCUCUAUCUAUAGAGACUGCCUCUGUCAAUUGGUUAUCCACUUUAAUGUUGGCAGUUUGGUUGUAAUAUAAAUCGUAUAUGAUUCUCACAUCUCUAACAUCUAAUUCCGCUUCUUUCAAGAUGGUUAUAAACUUAUCAUUUUUUACUUUAUCAAAUGCCUGUUUGUGGUCGAUGAAACAAAUGUAUACGUCACAGUUGACAUCUCCGCACCUCUUGCAUCGCAGAAUCCAAACUGUGUCCAUGAUACUUGUUCUUCGCAUUUUUUAUAUAUUCUGCCGUGUAUCACUUCUAAAAACGUUUUAAGUAAGUGGCUCAUUAGGCUAAUUGUUCUGGAGUCCUCGCAUGUUUUUGCAUUUUUUUUUUUUUUUUGUAUAGUUACGAAGGUCGACUUUAACCAGCUUUGGGGCAUUUCUCCAGUUACAUAUAUUUUUUUAGUAUAACGGUAUAAGGUAUAAGAGGUGUAAAAACAUUUUAUCCGUAUUGUGUAUUUUAUAUAAAGAACCCAAGUUUAUUUACAAUUUUGAUUCAAAAGUUUAAAACAUUUGAACUACUGCCGAUUUUCGAACUUCUCUACAACGCGUAAUAAUGCUGAUUUAUAAUGAAUAGAUAUAAUUAUACUCUAAUUAUAAUCUUGAUAAAAAUGAAUGUGCAAUAGAAUAUUUACGUCCAGUGAUAGAGCUUGAAAUGAGUAGGUCUCCCACAAUCUCAGUGUAUUUUUCUGUGUAUUAUAGACUAGUGAAUGGAACACUGUUCUCAACUUUAACUUCACCUCUACUGUCCAAUACUUUUAUAAAAAUUAUGCAAAAGGAAUUAAUUUCAUAAUAAUACCAAUAGGAGUUGGUUUAGUUUAAACAUUCUGCAGUUUAAUCGUCGGAGAGAUAAAAAAAAUCAUAUGGGCCCUUAAUCAAUUAAUUGAAUUAAGAGUGUUUUUAUUCAACACAACAACAUGUAAGCAAAAUUAUUAUCAGCUUAAAUUAAUUUUCAAGUUAUUAUCAACAAUCUUAUUUUCCUUUUUUAUCAUCCCUUCCGGGAGGGGGGACAUUAGUCACGGCCAAAGUUGAUUCUCAAAUGAACUUAAUCUUUCGUAAUUAUUAUGACAUAUGCGUGCUUCAGUUUGAGACUGUUAAAAAAAUUUAAUAAAGGUUAAUUUAAUGUUUGAGAAAAUAUUCUUCCAUUGGAUGCUGGGUGAUGUCCCAGAUGUUGAUAAAAUUUUCUACUUAUUAUUAUUUAGAAUUAUUGUAAGUCUUGCAAAAAGCCAACCAUGUUGGCUUUCACCUUUCUCUUUGUGAAGACAGAGAAAUCAACUCAACCACCCACAUACACGUGGUAUAGUCAUAUAAUGCUGUGAGGUAUAUCUUUUUCAAUUUCACCCAUCGCCAGGGUUUAACAUAAUACACGCCAAUGUAAGACUUUUGUUUUAACCUAUGUAUUUUUGGUGGCUUAGCAUGUAGAGCUUGCUUAGAACACUGAGGAUGCUCGCUUUAGAGCGAAAACGUUAUGUCUUUUAAUGUAGCCCUUUAUUGGAGUUUUAAAUAAAUAUACCUUUUACACAGAAGUCUUUCUUCAAUUAUUCUAGGAUUGAUUAUUUUGAGUAUAAAAUUCUGUAUUUACUUAUCAUCACCUUCAGGAUGCACCCCUUCUACGAUUAUUUACCUACAAUGCUGAAUUCGAAUCUUCUGUUAUUCAGAACAUCUGUCUUCAAAAAACUCCUUGCCCUUUUCAACUGCCCUUUUCACUUUCACUGCUCCAACUGAUUCAAAUAUUGUUCCUUUUAAUGCAGAUUUCCAUAGCAAACACAUAAGAAUCGCACGGCGCAAGAUCAACAACUAUUUUCUACUAAGAAAAUAAGAAGUUCGGUAUACUUCAUUGUAUUUAAAAAAUUUUCACUUUUUUGGCAAUAACAUUGUAUUGGACGGUAGAUUUAUUGUGUUUUGAUUCUUAUUAAUGUUCAGAAGAAUAAAAAAAGUUGUUUAAAAUUUUUUGCAACAAAAAAUAUUUAAGUGUUUAUCACACAAUUGUCAUAUAAUUUAUUUUCUGUGUUUAUUACAUUUUUGUGUACUGUGUGUUUCUUACAUACAUUGGUGGAUUAGUAUAAACAUUCUCUCCGCUUAAGUUCUGAACAUUACUAAAAUCAUAUAUAUUUCUUUAAACAUAUACUGGUGCUUUUGCAAUUUAAAACUUAUGUGUAAAUAUCUAAAACGAAAUCGAUGUAUUAAACUCACUUUUGGUAUAAGUUUACUGAAAUAUGAUUUCAUAUUUUUUGUAAAAUUCCAGUUACGCUACUAUUUAAAUUUUAUACCUUUGUUAUAGUCUAUUUUAAACAUAUCUCUAUGACUGAAUGUUGCAGUUUUCGUAAUCUGAAAGUUUUAGUUUGUUGUUGAGAUAAAUCUAUAAUGCUUUGUGGAUUUUAUUUUUUAAGUUAUUGUACUACAGUACUACACCUUUACUUCUUCCUUCGGUGCUAUAUUAGGUCCCUCUAACCCACUAUUAAAUAUCAUAAAGGUCGACAAGACCUUUUUAAGCAGACAAGAAUUGGAAAAUUAAACUUGACUGAAUGUAAUAACGGGUGUCCACUUAUAUUUUCCCCCAUUUUAAUUGCCUGUAACUUUUAAACGGCUCAAGGUAGAAAUAUGCGGUUUUCGCUGAAAUGUUUUAUUUUAGUAAAAGUUUUGUCUGAAUGAAUUGAAUUUUUUAUAUCGCUUUCAAAUACGAAAAAAAAAUUUGCGGAUUUUUGAAAAAACGUUGUUGACUUUUUUUUAAUGGAACACCCAGUAUAUUUUUUUGUAAAUUGAAAGAAAGGUCAUUCACCUAUCCAGAGAUAUAAAGUUUUUUAAAAUCGGUUGUCAAAUCACUGAGUAAUUAAUUUUUAAAAUGAGGGGUACAACGUGGAUAUCACAUACUUAAAUUCAAACUUUUCCACACACAUACAUACAUAGGUGCAUACAUACAUACCCACAAACAUUCUCCCUUGUUUCAAUAGAAAUUGAGUCAAAUUUCUGAACUCGAUAAUUUUUGAAUGCUAUAACCGAUUUUCAAAAUUAAACAUGCAUUGGAAAGGUAAUGAUCAAUACUAUCAGAAAUCAAAAUUAAAUUUUCGAAAUUUUUGGGAGUUUUGGGGACGAGAAUGGAAAACAGGGAGGGCCGUAAAACCCACACGCUUGGACCAAAUUGGACUGGUGACAUGUGGAUUAACGAGUCUAUUACGAGAAGUACAGUACUCUGGGAUUAUCGAUAUAAAAUAUUUUAUCGUCACUUUCAUAAUGCUAUAUACUAGCAGUAUUUUAACAAUAAACUAAAAUUUUCAGCUUACUAUGACAAGGAAUUUAUAUAUUUAGAAACUGUGUGUAUAUAAUUGUGUGUGCCAUUCUUGUAAAUACUUGACGGUAAACUAGAAAUAGCGACAUCUCUUGACAGAUUCCAAAAGGUCACAAUUUCUAGAGUAUUUGCACAUGUUUACAUUUAAUUUUCAGAUUAGUGUAAGUGCACAUGAUGAAUCAGAUUGUUUUAAUGAGAAUAUAACGAAUUUAGAGUUAGAAAGGUUUUUUGUAUAUCGAUACAAAUUUCAUGUACACGAAUACUAAUGUUAUAGUCGUGACGGGUAGAUAUUUAUGUACUGGGUGUUUUAUAAAAUCAUUGUUUGUAUAAACUGUCACUUAAAUAAAACAAACAAACAUCAAGAUUGGCUAUAUAAUUUAUCUUUCUUUCUUCUGUUAUAUGUUUAAUGGUUUUGUCAUCGAAGUCGCAAGAUAAGAGAGUAAUUUGCCCCAUUUGUGUAAUGGAUGUAUGUGCACAUCAAAUGUUUUGACAUAAUGCAAUUUAGUGUGCACCAAUGGCGGAUCUCCGGAGGGAAUAGGGGAGAUUCCCCCCACAAGGUUCAAAAUUAAAGAAAAAAAUUAGCUGACAUGAAGCUUCAUCCAUAGACUAACAAAUUGAACCCAAUAAACCCGCUAGUUAGGAAAAUUAAAGGAACUUAAUGCAUAUACGUUAUUAUUUAUGUCUUUUGGUUGGUGUUUCAUUGGAAGUCCCCAUUACAAGGCCUAGAUUUCUGCGUGAGAUAGCUUUAAGCUAGGGGGCCUCCGUUAUCCAGGCAUGUUUUAUUAGGCUUCGUGUCAUUCUUAAAUCUAUUUGUUGUUUUUGUUGAAUUCCCUUAGGUUUUGUUGGUGGUUUAUCUGUUGUAACGGGUAUCUCUUUCAGGACGACAGAAUCAGUAAAACACAGGUUAAAAAUAAAGUAAAAAUAUUUAAGAUAAUUAUAUACAGUUUAAAAUAAAUAAAAUAGAAUAUAAUUCCGUCUUCUGCAAAGGAAAAACAAUAUUAAACUUUAUUACAGUCAUCCGAUCAUAAUAGCAACAUUAAAAUGAUACGAUAAAUAGCACAAUAUAUUCGCGAUUGAAACGGAAUAUAGAGGGCAGGUCGAAUGCAGGAAAUGGCCGAUAUAAAUGGUAUAAACAAACAUUCAAUUGCGGAACAGCACAAUACCAAUUGGAUUUAAAAUAUUUUAAUGUACUCAUAAUGCUAAAAUUUACUAAAAAUUUCUGAAUAGUGACCAAAUUCCAUUCAAAUCAACAAUUUUCUGGUUUGUUUAUACCACUUAUAGUAGUUAAAAUUUAUUCCACCAGAGGUCAGAUACUUUUUUUUUUCAUCGCGAAUAAAAUAUCCCUACGUUAAAUCAACGUAGCCAUAUAUUCCGAUCCGGAUAUACCGCAUUUCACUUCAAUGCGGCACGUAGUCACUCGUUCCUCGCUACUACCGCCCACUGCGAUAACGGUCAUGGCAGGACUCCACUUCACCACGGUGGCGUUCGCCUAGGCAUAGUUCCACCUCACAAACGGUGCAUCUUUGCCCAUCCACCUAGUGCUCGUUCAACACGCUAGCAACAGCUGUCGAACCAUUGCUAGUUCAACACGCUAGCAACGACUGAUUUUCUCAUUUUCUUGGCUUGUCUUAAAUAUGCUCUCGAUGCCACUACUCCUUCUGUUUCCCCCAGCGGUGCUAUGAGCCAACACGGCUGCUCCUACGGUUGUCUUUGGUCGACCGGCCCAUCGCUGGCAUCACAUCAUUACACUGUUACCGUUAAAUAUAAUCGUAUGUUGAUAGUUCUCUAUUGUUGAAUAUCUUACUGGACCAUUUUUUACUUACACGAAGGUAUAACUGUGAAAUGCCGCUUACUACUGAAAGCCAUUAUAUUGGACUGGAUUUGAUACCUCUAUCAAUCGUUAGCAUCAUGAUAUUCGAUUGAGCCUCAACCUUUUCAUUACUCAGCUGCAGAAAAACCAAGAACUUUGGAAAAAGAACUAAAUGAGAAUGCCGACGCUCUCACCAUCGAACCGCAGAGGUUCUGGAUGAUACAGAUAGUUAACUGGUACAUGCCAGUUGUCGGAGCAUCCAAACUUUGUUGAUGUUUAGUUUAUAUAUCUAAUAUUUAAAUACGCUAAACAGUAAUGGUGCAAGUACUGAUCCUUGUGGCAAAUCAUUAUUAAGCGUAUUAAUUUCUGAUCCUAUUGUCACCUACCUCUGUCGUUAACAUAUUUUCUAUCAACCUCCAUUUGAGCUUGUUUAAAUGUAUAAGAAUUUACUUGUAUCCAAACGGUACUCUAUCGUGUUCUGACAAGUCAUUCAUAUAAUUUCGGGCCGAAUACACUGACGGGGACAAUUUCUACAUGUAACAAGAUGUUCCGUAUUUUGUAUUUUUCCACAGUCACUUGGUCUUGGUCACUAUAAUAAUCUUCAAUAGUAUUUCUUUAUAUUUGACAGUAUGGCUUGUAAAGAGAUCCAGUUUGAUAGUUUUCGGAUUACAGACUAUCCUCUUCCUUGUUUGAUUUAUUUGUUCCUGUUGCACGGGAAGCUGCGGAAUCGUUGGUGACUCCCUGCAUCAGUGGCGUGCUGGUCAUAUAAAUGAAUCGGUGCAAUCACCGAGAGGCCUCGGCCUCUUGAGGCCGGUCAAAUAAGUUUUCAUUAUAAAUAAUGAAUAAAAAAUUCUGAUGAUUCUUAUGAAGGUAACAUGAGGAUGGGAGGCCGCUUUCCUAUAAAGUAACCGGGCUGCUUGAAAAGUUCCAGCACGCCACUGCCCUGCAUAACCCCUCAUGUAGAGAAAAUGCUAAAUAAAUCUGGGUGUUGAUUGAUUCACGGAGUUGAGAGACCUUUUCAAUUCGGCCGUGCUCACAUUACUGAAUUUGCGACUACGAAGGAGUAUGAAAUGCCCUAUCAUCACGGCGUCGUCUGUUCGAAUCCUUUCUCUUUUAGAUUUUCGUUUUUGGAUCGUAAUUCCCUACUGAAUAGAAUGCCCUGAUGAAUGAGUACUACAGUGAGAACUCGGUCACACUCGCUCAUUGAUGCCUACCAGAAGACUUUCUCUCUCUCCUAUGGCGCUACAACAGCCCAAGUCAGGCCCUGGUCUUCCCCAGCAGCCGCUUAUAAGUAUCUCUGUCCCUGGCUGCUCUCCUCCAGUUAUCCACCCUCAAUACCUCUUCAGGCAUUAAGACUAUAGAAUAAAUAAGUUAGAUAUAUCUUAAAUGUUUUCACCAUAUGAUUUUAUAGAAUACCCAGUAUCGAAAAAAUUUUAACUUUAGGUAGAGAUAAUUAUAUCAAAUAUCCGAGAAUUUAUAUAGUAUUAAUAAUACAAAAAAUGCCACAAAACCUUUAAGUUUACAAGAACAAAAAAAUAAAGGAAAUUUAUAUAAUUUGUCCGUCAUUUCAAUAAUUAUUUAACGAUUUCAAUUAUUUGGUCGAAUCAUUGAACCAACACUUAUUUUUAUUAGUAUAUACAUGUUUAAGUAUAUUUUACAACUAAUAUUUUUCAACGGCGUUUUCUAAAGAAAUAAAUUUCUCGGAAGGAUUUUGAUUUUAUUAUCUCUAUUUAAACUUAUGAUAUACUACACCGAGAACAUUGUGAAGCAUCGAAAAAGUAGGAAUCGUACUGCACUUCAGUGUCAUUUUUGUUUAGAAUAUGUCACAUUCCGCGUGUAAUCAGCGUAGACAUAUUAACCAUAGACCAGGCUAGGUAUAUGCCGCUCAAUGCAUCGGAGUGUAACGCCAAUAUCAAGUACAGUGGUCUAGCUAUCUUUGUCUGUCGUACGAGUGUGAGCGUAUUUACCAACAGGUGGGAGUAAUGGUACGCUGGAGGUGAUUUUAUUAUCAUAUUCUAGAGAGAGAAAGCUAAGCGCCGGUAGAGAGAGAUAGAUAGACCACCGCUGAACUGCUCCGCGUUACGCUAUUUUUCGUACCUUGCCUAAUCUAUGUAUUAUUAUAUCUAUGGUAAUCAGUUAAUAUUCAUUAGAUCAAUUAAAUGAUACAUCACAUUUCUUCAUUGAUCGUACUAUUAUCACAACUUCAACAAAAUAUGUUUCAUUUUGUGUAUUUUAAAUUGUUAAUCAACCAAAUACAGAAGAAGAUAUUGUCAGAUUCUAACAUAAUUACUACCAUGGCUUGAAACAGAAUAAUGCAUAUUAUAAAAAAGUUUUAACUAUUUAUAAUUGGAAAUAAGCCACAGUAUUAUUAAAAAAUGAUUUUUAUUAACGUUUCGACGCCCAAAUCGGGUGCCGUUGUCAAAAUACAAAAUACUACUGUAUUUUUAAAUACCGUAUUAUACGGUAUUUUAUAUACGGUAAUUAUAAAAAUGCCACAAGAAAAUAGCUUCAGAACAACAAUAAAAAAGUUUAUUACUCGUGGUAGUGUAUAAGAAAAAGCAAAAUCUCAUGGCAGCAUGAGUAACAUGGCAACAUGACAGUAAUUAAGGGAAUGAAACAGAUGCGCGUCAAUCGCAAUUCUAUUGCGAAACUACUCAGAGCAACCGCAUCUAUGAUCAGAAUAGCCGUGAUAAUUACUUAUCUCCAUCAUGGAGGUGGAAAGUCGGGAAGAAAAAGACAAAAGAAUUAUUGAGUAAAAUGAAAUGAAUGUCGGCUCGAUUCAAGUUCUCUGUUUAACCCAGAUAUGACAAUAUCAAAAGGCACCGCUAGGAAAAUAUUCCAAUAUGCGGUUCAGAGAACCUGUAUGAAACGAGUCUUCGUACUCUAAUACAGAGUAUGGCAUCAGUAAAAUUAGAGAAUUUGCGGUUUCGUUUUGAUUUAAAUCUGUCUCCUACCAUCCCCCGAUAGUACUAUUUCUAGGUAUACCUGUUGUCAAGGAGGUUCUGCAGAAGACAAAUUUACACCAAAACGUCCGUAGUUCUCGGUACAAAAAUAAAACUAUUCCGCAUAUUGGAAUAUUUUCCUAGCGGUGCCUUUUGAUAUUGUCAUAUCUGGAUUAAACAGAGAACUUGAAUCGAACCGACAUUCAUUUCACUUAUUCCCCGUUAGAGGGCGUUCUAACCAUACUACGGUAUAAAUAGUUUUAUUUUUGUACCGAGAACUACGGACGUUUUGGUGUAAAGUCUUCUGUAGAGCCUUUUUGACAACAGGUAGACCUAGAAAUAGUACUAUCGGGGGAUGGCAGGAGACAGAUUUAAAUCAAAACGAAACCGCAAAUUCUCUAAUUUUAAUUACUGAGUACGCCAUGUGUCUUCGCCUUUUUCAAAUAUAGUACAAAGACAACGGUUGCUGAAAGUGUAUAUCAAGGUAAAAACAGCGUAUAUCAGGUUGUUUCCGCUAAUAUCGGUAAACAAAAUAAGGCCCAUCCUGUAAACCAAACGAAGUUAUCUCUCCUCUGCGGCGCUGGUUCGUGUUCUGUUCAGUAAAAUGAUGGGAGAAGGAUGAGCAGAACUUAAAGGGACGAAUCUACCUCAACGAAAGACUGACGGUCCAACAUGACCUCUUAGGUCGCUUUAGAGACGAUUCCCAUGUCUCCUUUAUUUCCCAAGCACGUCAACAGCUGGAGGUAAACAAGCUGGGCAUUGCCUUUAACCAGACUAUCCCGGAACUACUGCGCUACAAGUGUUUACAUUUUUAUUGCUAUCUUCUUCUUAUUGUACCGUCUUCUAACGAAGGUUGGCGAUUACUUCUUUAAAUGCUUUCCUAUCUUUUGCAACGUGAAAUAUUUGUUCACUGAUAUUAGUCCAAUUUUUAAUAUUCCUCAGCCAAGAUUUCUUCUUUCUUCUCAAGUCUUUUCUUCACUCGACGUUCCUUGCACGAUGACGUGUAGCAAGGAGUAUUUAUGGUUUCGAAGUAUGGCCCAGAUACGAUGUUUUUUUAUUUUAAUUGUGUUCAUAAGCUUUUUGCUAUGUCCAGUUCGUCUAACAUUUCUUCGUUUGAGACUUUUGCAAUCCAAGGAAUUUUCAGAAUACGCCCAUAUAGCCACAUUUCAAAUGCCUUCAAUUUUUUUACGGAUUGGGCUUUCAGAGUCCAAGCUGCUACUCCAUAUAGUAGUUGCGACCACACAUAUCAUUCGACGAACCUCAAUCUGCUAUUUCUAAAUAACAGAUUGAGAUUUACAGAAAUCUGCUAAUUAUAAAUCCUUCUCGGGCUAUUUCGAUUCUGAAAUUAAUCUCCUGAUCUUGAUCUUCAUCAUCAUCAUUAUCAGUGGCGUUACAGCUCUUUAUGAGCCAAAGCCUUCUUCAGAAUAAUCCUCCACUCACCCUGUCUCUGGCAACUUCCAAUAGAUUUUAAAUCAGUUUCUAUGUUGUCUUGGUACCUAAAUCUGGGUCUUCCUCUUGCUCGUUGUCCUUAUCGGCCCUCUUCGGUCAAAAACUUUUCUGACUAUGGCAUCUUUCUCUCGCCUGAUUACAUGACCUAUCCAUCUAAGGCGUGCUACCUUAAUGAAUUGUACAACGUCAGGUUCUCCAAAAUUUCUAUACAACUCAAAGUUGUAACGCCUGCGCCACAAACCUUGUUUUUUUAUGCCACCAUAUAUUCGUCUUAGAAUUUUUCGCUCGAAACGUUUGAGCAGUUCUUGGUCAUUCUGAGUAAGUGACCAAGUUUCUGAGCCGUAUGUUAGCACUGGUCAUAUUAGUGUUUUUUAGACAGUCAAUUUAAUUUUUCUAGGUAUUUUUGAGGCCAUCUGUCUUCUUAAGCCAUAGUAGCACUUAUUGGCGAGCACUAUUCUUCUUUUAAUUUCUUCACUGACAUUGUUAUCUUCAGUCAGCAGCGAGUCUAAGUAUAUGAAGGUGUCCACACCUUCCAGUUCUAGGUCGUCAAUUAUUAUUCUUGUAGGUGUCGGGUUGCUUGACCUAGUGCAACACAUAUAUUUGGUCUUUUGAACAGUCAGAGAUUCUUUAGAUCUACCUAUGAUGUCUAUGUCAUCUGCGUAUCUGACAGUUUGUAUUGAUUUGUUAAUUAAUUAAUCCCAUUCGUAUUAAUUUGGGACUCUCGAAUUAUUUUUUCUAAUGCCAGGGUAAAUAAGAGACACGAUAGUCCAUCACCCUGUCUUAGUCAAUUUUUGCAAUGGAAGGGUCUUGAGAAAUCGUUCUGGAUCUUUACCACGCUCUCUGCUCCUGUGAGCGUAACUUUAGUUAAUUGUAUAAGAUGAAGCGGUAUUUUAUAUUCUACCAUAGCAAGUAGAAGUUUACCUCUAUUAACUGAGUCGUAUGCGGCUUUGAAGUCCACGAAUAUGUGGUGGGUGUCGACGCCAAACUCUAGGGUUUUUUUCAAGGAUCUGCUUCACUGUAAAUAUCUGGUCCGUUGUGGAUUUAUUAUGACGGAAACCGCACUGAUAUCCUCCUACUAUUUCUUCAGCGUAGGGGAGAAGUAUUUUGUACAAUACGUUGGACAACACUUCAUAUGCCAUAUUGAGUAGAGUGAUGCCCCUAUAAUUAUCACGCACCAUCAUGUCUCCCUUUUUGUGUAGAGGAUACAGGACACCCAACUUCCAGUCUGUGGGUGUUUCGUUCUGUUGCCAAAUUGCAGUUAUCAGUUUAUGCAUGUGUUUUAAGAGAGUGUCGCCGCCGUUUUUGAAGAGUUCAGCAGGGAUAUUAUCCGAAAGGGGGGCUUUGUUAUUUUUAAGUGUUAAGAUGGCUUCUCUAAUUUCUUCUUCGGUGGGGAAUGGCUGCCGAUCAUCUUAUUAAUUUGAAGCAUGGGAUCCUCCAUCUCGCCAUCUUCAUAAUUGCCACUAAGCAGUUCUUCAAAAUGUUGCGCCCAUCUGUUUAGUAUCUGUUCCUUGUUACUAAUUAUAGAGACGUCCCUAUCUUUACAGGCUAUUAUUCUGGGUUUGAAGUCUUUUCUGCAGCUAUUUAUCUGUUGGUAGAAUUUUCGUAUGUCUUUUCCAUUGUGGUAGUUAACAAUUUUGUUUAGAGCGUGUUCGUAUUGUUCUUUCUUUUUUCUUCUGAACAUUCUCUUUUCUUCCCUUCUAAGAUUUUCAUAAUCUUCUGCUAAUUAUAAAUCCGUUUCGGGCUAUUUCGAUUCUGAACUUAGUCUCCUGAUCUUGAUCUUACUGUGAGUUUAUAAUUGCUCCGAGGUAUUUAUUCUUGUUGACCCUCACUAACGGUUUAUCCUCCUAUGUCAGAUGUAUGUUGUCAACAGGAGAUUUCGAGAUCACCAUGUAUUUGUUUUUAUCUAUAUUCAUUGUUAGGCACAUCUUUUUGCUUUCUCUGUUAAUGAUCUCUAGAAAAAUUUGUAAAUCGUCUAUAUUCUCUGCCAUGAUUGCGGCAUCGUCUGCAAAUCUUAUUUUAUUAAUGGUGCUCCCUCCAAUCCUUAUAGUCGGAGAGAUAGAAGCGGAUUUUGUGCGUGAUAAGUAAUAUGGAAAAACUAUACGGGGAUAUGUUGAAUUAGUUGUGUACAUGACUUUCACCAACGGCCGUAAACCAGAGUUGGGGCCGAGGGUAGUUAUAAGGGGUCAAAGUCGCGGAUUUUAUUAUUUUUUUUAUGACGCUCAUGAUCGAGAUAGUGCACUAAAAUUUGGGAAUAAGUAGGUCAUGACGUAACUAAGUAAAAUCUCUAGGGGCGGAACGCUGCGUGGCUGACAAAGGGUUGAGUAGGGGGGGGGGAGAAAUAAAAAAUAUAAAGGGUUUUUUGCGACGUUCGUGAUUGAGAUAGUGGACCAAAAUUUGGGAAUAAGUAGAUCAUGACAUUACUAAGUAAAAUCCCCAGAGCCGGAAACCAGAGUUGGGGAUGAGGGUAGUUAUAAGGGGUCAAAGUCGCCGUUUUUAUUAUUUUUUUUGUGACGCUCAUGAUCGAGAGAGUGCACCAAAAUUUGGAAAUAAGUAGGUCAUGACGUAACUAAGUAAAAUCUCCAGGGGUGGCACGCUGCGUGGCCGACAAAGGGGUGGGGCAGGGGUGAAUACAAAAAAUAUAAGGGGUUUUUUGCGACGUUCGUGAUUGAGAGAGUGCACCAAAAUUUGGGAAUAAGUAGACCAUGACAUAACUAAGUAAAAUCCCUAGAGCCGGAAACCAGAGUUGGGCAUGACGGUAGUUAUAAGGGGUCAAAAUCGCCGUUUUUAUUAUUUUUUUUGUGACGCUCAUGAUCGAGAUAGUGCACCAAAAUUUGGGAAUAAGUAGGUCAUGAGGUAACUAAGUACAAUCUCCAGGGGUGGAACGCUGCGUGGCCUAUAAAGGGGUGGGGGUAGGUGUGAAUAUAAAAAAUAUAAGGGGUUUUUUGCGACGUGCUAGAUUGAGAUAGUGCACCAAAAUUUGGGGAAACCAGAGUUGGGGAUGAGUCCAUGAACAUUUGUCCCCCACGCAGCGUUAAGCCCCUGGAGAUUUUACUUAGUAAUAUCAUGAUCUACUUAUUCCCAAAUUUUGGUGCACUAUCUCGAUCACGAACGGCAAAAAAAAAAACAAAAAAAACCCCAUAUAUUUUUAUACUCACCCUUGCCUACCACCCCUUUGUACCACAAGCAGCGUUCCGCCCCUGAAGAUUUUACUUAGUUACGUCAUAACCUACUUACUCCCAAAUUUUGGUGCACUAUCUCCAUCAUGAGCGCCACAAAAAAAAUAAUAAAAACCGCGACUUUUACCCCUUAUAACUACCCUCGUCCACCACUCUGGUUUCCGCCUCUGGGGAUAUUACUUAGUUAUGUCAUGGUCUACUUAUUCCCAAAUUUUGGUGCACUAUCUCAAUCACGAAUGUCGCAAAAAACCCUUUACAUUUUUUAUAUUUACCCCUGCCCCACCCCUUUGUCGGCGACGCAGCGUUCCACUCCUGGAGAUUUUACUUAGUUACGUCAUGACCUACUUAUUCCCAAAUUUUGGCGCGCUAUUUCGAUCAUGAGAGUCACAAAAAAAAAUAAUAAAAAACGGAAUUUUGACCCCUUAUCUACCUUCCUUCGCCACUCUGGUUUCCGGCUCUGGGGAUUUUAGUUAUUUAUGUCAUGAUCUACUUAUACCCAAAUUUUGGUGCAAUAUCUCGAAUCACGAACGUCGCAAAAGACCCCUUAUAUUUUUUAUAUUCACCCCUACCCCCACCACCUCUUUGUCGGCCACGCAGCGUUGAGCCCCUAGAGAUUUUACUUAGGUACGUCAUGACCUACUUAUUCCCAACUGUUUGUGCACUAUCUCGAUCAUGAGCGUCAUAAAAAAAAUAAUAAAAUCCGCGACUUUGACCCCAUAUAACUACCCUCGGCCCCAACUCUGGUUUCCGGCCGUUGGUAAAAGUUAUGUACACAACUAAUUCAACAUAUGCCCUUAUAGUUUUUCCAUAUUACUUAUCACGCACAAAAUCCGCUCCCAGCUCUUAGACUAUUACACCUUCAGUACUUUCCCAUAGUGCCUCUUGAAAUAUUAGUUGGGGCGUUACAUACAUUAAAUAAUUGUGGCGACAGCACGCAUCCCUGUCUGGCUCCCCUUUGAAUUUCUGCUAUUUGUAGUUUAGAUUUUUGAUUAAAUUAAUAUCCUUGGGUUCCAUGUGUAUGCGUUUCAAUGCAUGUAUGAGUUUAUCCUGUUGAACUCUAUCAAACGCUUUUUGGAAAUCUAUUUAACAUAUGAAUACGUUUUUAUUAUAUUCCCUGCAUUUUGGUCUAUAACAGUGAACAAAUAAAUUCAAUGGACGAUUUUUGGCUGUCGACCCCUGGGUUCUGAAAACCCCCUUACACACUCAGAAGCAUACUUUGAAGUAUAGUCGUUCCUACCAAGGUAAUUAGAGUCCAAAAUCACUCCUAGAUACAUGCUAGCUAACUAGAUCAACGAUUUCUUCCGAAAAAAUUGGCCAAUAAGUUAUCAAUAGAAAUUAGGCUUUUGUCAGUUGUUUAACUAACACUAGAUGGUAGAAUACAAAGAGCUAUGUACGCUUUAGAGGGGUAAACAGAUAGAUAAUAAUAAUAAAAACAGUCAACCUAAUAAACUUGAAUAUUUUUGUGGCAACUGAAUAGGCAACUGUGGUUGCCUAUUCAGGAAGAAGGGCCUAAAGUUAAGUGAACGAUAGGAACUGAAACAGAAUCAGUGGUAUAUUGAAUGAACAAGUUUCAAGCAAAUAGUCUGCUGGACAAAGGUCUCCCCCAAUUGUUUCCACACUUCACGGUUUUGUGCUGAUUGUUGCUAGUUUUUACUAAUCCGCCUGAUAUCAUCUGUCCAUCGUGUAGGUGGCCUUCCUCUACUGCGUUUAUCUUCUCAGCUAAUAGUAGCUAAUUAAGAAUCAACAACUUAUUAGUUUUCACACACUAAUAUUUUUAUGCAAUUGAAAAUAUCUGACAAUAUACUUCAUUCAGCAAGAAAUUGUUUUAAGAACAAAAAAUAAGGAAUUGAGUGUUUUUUGUCAAAAUACAUACAGUGCGUUUUCCUGUAUUGCAAGAAAUUCAUAAAAUAUAAAAAUUUGAUCGGUUGUUAUUUUCGACCUGUACUAAUGCAGAAAGCAAUCAAAUUUAUUUUGAUAUAGAACACACUGUAUAAACUAUCUUUGAAAUUUAUGUAUUUGUGAGAUAUUAAUGUUAUUGAUUGUAAUUCUAAAUAUAUAUUUCUUUUUGUGUAAAUAUAUCUGUCAAUAGUUGUUAAAAAAGACGUAAAUAUGACAAUAAAAUAUAAUGAGUAAA